CACCCUGUCUACAGGGUCCGUCCACCCUAGAGACCUCCCGCUGCCUUCGUCCCCCGAGAUCUCGAUCCCGAUCCCACCGCGCCAUGGCCGCCUCCUCCUCCCCCACCUCCACGCCCCCGCCGCCGGCGACCGACGCCGCCGCGCCAGGCCUCCCCGAUCUCUCGAUCCCCUACGACCUGGCCACACGCGGGCAGUGGCAGGCGCUCCUCUCCCACCUCUCCCACCCAGCCCACGUCCCGCACCCGCACCACCGCCUCCUCCUCUCCGCGCUCUCCGCCCUCUCCCUCGCCAAGCUCCGCCGCUUCCCCGACGCCGCCGCGCUGCUCGCCUCCCUCCACCCGGACCCGGCCUGCCCGCCGCCGCCGUUCCUCAUCCGCCUGCUCCACGCGCUCCUCCCGCUCUUCCUCCCCGACCGCCCCCUCGCGCUCGACCGCCUCUACACCCUCCUCUCCUCCGUCCGCGCCCGCCCCGACGCCGGGCACCCCGAGUGGCGCCGCCGCGACGCCCUCGUCGCGUCCCUCCUCGCCGCCGACCACCUCGCCCACCGCGAGUUCGACGUCGCCCUCGCCCUCCUCGUCGACAUCGCCGCGCGCGAGCCGGGCGACCCGGUGCUCCUCUCCCGCCUCGCUUACGCGCACCUCCAGAUCGGCAACCUCGCCGCGGCCUCCGCCGCGUUCCGCCACGUGGAGUCCGCGGCCGCCGCGGCCGAGGACCCCGCGCGGCACGCCAACCUCCUCGCCCGCAACCGCGCGCUGGAGUGCAUCGUGGCCAAGGACUACGCGGCGGCGGUGCGGGAAUACGAGCGCUGCAUCGAGGCCGACCCCGCGGACGCCGUGGCGCUCAACAACAAGGCGCUGUGCCUCAUGUACUCGCGGGACCUCGGCGACGCCAUCAAGGUGCUCGAGGGCGCGCUCGAGAGGGUGCCCACGGCGGCCCUCAACGAGACGGUGGUGGUCAACUUGUGCAGCAUGUACGAGCUCGCCUUCGUCAACCACGGCGAGGUCAAGAGGAGCCUCGCCGAGUGGAUCGCCAGGGUUGCUCCCGACGACUUCGACACCUCCUGCACGCGCAUGUAGGAAGGUAAUGCCUAUUGCAAUUCAGCUUUGGGCCAUUGCGCACCAUGCUGUAUGGCUGUUCUGUGGCGCAUACUGAAAUUUGACGGUCCAUGUUUCGAUAGCUAUUCUUUGGUAGCAAUUGAAAUUCUGAGGUGAUUGCCUAAUUGGUUAUACUUAUACAUGGUUUAGAAGAAAUGAGUAAAUUGUAGAAGACAAACAUGUUGCUGUGAUUACACCUGUGGAGAACCCCAGUUUUUA